CCAGCCUCCAAGAUGGCCGGUUCAGGAAAUCAUUUAGGAAAUGGAAAACUAAAUUUAGGAUCUCUGCGGGACUAUUACCGUAGAGAACUAUUAGAGUGUUUAGAUAAAUGCAAUGGAACAAAGGCAUUGGUCUGGGAUGAUGCCCUUACAGGUCCAUUUGGCCUUAUCGUUGAGUAUUCCUUAUUAAAGGAACAUGAUGUUGAGAAGAUGAUGUCGUUACCUAAGGAUAAUCAAGCAUUGGCUCCCAGCUCCGUACAGAACAUUAUCUUCGUCACACGACCAAAGCUUGAUCUCAUGGAUCAGAUAGCACAGAGCCUUCUCAAGGAAGAUACGAAGGGAGGGUUUAGAAAGGAGUACCACAUCAUAUUUGUACCCAGAAAAAGCCUGCUCUGUGAACGGAGACUCAAGGAGGCUGGUGUACAUGGUUCUGUGACUCAUAUUGAGGAGUUUAGCCUAUCCAUGAUUCCCUUCGACUCCGACCUGAUGUCUAUGGAGAUGGACAACUCCUUCAGGGAGUGUUUCUUGGAGAAUGACAUGACGAGCAUGUUCCACGCUGCCCAAUCCCUAAUCACCAUACAGUCCCUGUACGGCAUCAUACCCAACAUUGACGGCAAGGGAGAGUGCGCCAAGCAUGUUGUGGACAUGAUGAUGCGCCUCCGUCGGGAGUUGGAAGGCCAGGAGCCUCAGAUCACGCCGCAGAUCGAUAACCUGUUCAUUAUCGACCGCACGGUGGACCUGCUCACACCGCUACUUACACAGCUUACAUACGAAGGCCUCAUUGACGAGAUGUAUGGCAUCAAUAAUACAUCGGCCAAAUUUCCACCACAGAAGUUCCUUAGUAAGAAUGAGAGCAGCACUUCAGAUAUGGAGUACAAAACAGUCGUCCUGAACUCGGGAGAUGAAUUGUUUUCCGAGCUACGUGACAAGAACUUCAGUGCAGUUGGCCAAGUCGUCAGUAGGAAAGCAAAGUUUAUCACUGCAGAGUUUGAUGAGAGGAAUAGUGCUAAGACUGUUGGCGAGUUGAAACAUUUUGUGUCCAAGCUGCCCCAUCUACAGCAGGCUAGGACUGAGCUUGCUAAGCAUACAUCCAUUGCUGAAUUAAUCAAGGAAGCAACAGACACAGAGGAGUUUAUGGAAUGUCUCCACUGUCAACAGGACCUGUAUAAGGGGGAGGAUACUGACAAGGUCUGCCCUUACCUCGAAGACUGCAUAGGCCGCAGGGAACCGCUACUCAAGAUACUUCGUCUUCUGUGCAUCCAGUCAUUCUGCAAUAACGGACUCAAACCAAAGGUGUUGGACUACUACAAACGAGAAAUUCUACAGACAUACGGGUUCCAGCACCUUGUGACCUUGGGCAACCUAGAGAAGGUCGGCCUGCUGCGGCCACAUGGAAUACGUAACUACAUAACCUUGCGCAAGACACUCAAACUCACUGUUGAUACAGUUAAUGAAAUGAAUCCCAAUGACAUAUCGUACGUGUACAGCGGUUACGCACCACUAAGUGUUCGUCUGAUCAAGUUCCUUGCACGACCGGGUUGGCGCAGUAUUACAGAGGUGUUAAACAUGCUCCCGGGACCAACAUUUAACGAAGUACAACAGAUACCCGUUGCCCUUAGGAAGAGAAGAUCUUCAGUAACAUCGUCACAUUCCAGUAUUGCGGACCAGAAGGUUACACUGGUCUUCUUCCUCGGUGGGGUCACAUUCGCAGAGAUUGCAGCCCUCAGGUUCCUCGCACAGCAAGACGAUGACAAAACUUUCCCUGGAGCAAAUGUUGACCUUGGAGGAACUGACUAUGUUAUCGCUACCACCAAAAUCAUCAGUGGACAGUCAUUGUUGGAUAAACUUGUGUGCCAUAUUGAACCGGAAAAACUGAACCCAUUCAUGUGAAAAAUUGAAGAAAAAGCUUAACCCAUUCAUGUGAAAAAUUGGAGAAAAAGCUUAACCCAUUCAUGUGAAAAAUUGGAGAAAAAGCUUAACCCAUUCAUGUGAAAAUUUGGAGAAAAAGCUUAACCCAUUCAUGUGAAAAUUUGGAGAAAAAACUGAACGAAUUCAAAUGUAAAUUUGGAAAAAAACAUGACCCAUUCAUGUAAAAAAAUUGAAAAAAAAAGUCAACCCAAUUGAAAAAAUCGGGAAAAACUUGAAAUUCAUAUGAAAAAUUGGGGAAAACUAGAAACUAUACAAGAAGAGUAUUCAUGUCAAGAACAAGAGCUUUGACAUCAUUUGAAUACGUCUACAAGAAGUCAGUGUUAAAAAAAUCAUGAUCAUUUCUUACACAUUAUCAGAUUUUAUGAGUGUGGUACAUGUGCUUUUAACUUUAUUUAAUCAAAGAUUAUUGAGUGUAAUUAUUGGAUCAUCAUGUUUGAAAUAUCUGGGGUUAUGAAACAGGGCUGAAUUAAAUAACCAACUUCACUUAAAAUUUAGAGUAGAAGCUGAGUGUUUUGAUUGGCCUGUCAAAAUAACUGGACCAAUGGACUGUAUGAAAUCACCGAGGCAUAUCUACUAUGGAUAAGUUUGAUAUUGAAUAUGGCCCCUGGAGUCUUUUUACUUAAGCUUGCACAUAUUGUUAAAUACCAGUUUUCUACUGUUAAUGUAUAUACUGUAUCUACAAUGUUACUGUUAUAGGGUCACACUUAAUAGUUUAUUUGACAUUUCUCGACCAACUCACAAAAAAAUCCAUGAUCUAGUUGUCAUAUUGCUAUUUAUUUAUUUUAUUAUGGAGUAGGAGUAAUGGGGCUAGGCAGUAUAAAAAACACAACAACAACCCACCUACUGACCUACACCUAAACAUGUUUGUUGGAAAAUGCCAAACAAACCAUAUAUAAAUUGUGGCCCAGUAUUUAAUUAUUUUAAAGAGUGAUAUGUGCAAUAUAACACAUAAACCACAGACAUAUUUACUAUAUAUUUUGUAUUUUCUGUUCAUUACUUCAUUUGUCAAAUGAUGACUCAUGAAUUAUAUAUUGGGUGGACUAUGUGCGAAUGAAAUAAAUGCAAAACAUUG